AUGGCACACGUGCGCGAGGUACUACGGCUUCUACAUACCGCGGGCGUGUCGCUAAAAUUGGCGAAGUGCGCGUUUUUCGACACCUCCGUAACCUAUCUCGGGCACGUCAUUCGUCCGGGACGGUUGGAGGUGGAGCGACGCAACGUCAUCGCGAUCGAGCGCGCGCGCGCGCCUACGAACCAAACGGAACUGCGAUCCUUUCUCGGGAUGUGCAACGUGUACCGGCGGUUUGUGCAAGGAUUCGCGAAGAUCGCCACGCCGCUGAAUAAGAAGACCGGCAAGAAUCAGCCCUACGAGUUCGAGAUCUUAACCGAUGCGGAAUACGCGGCGUUUGAGGAAUUGAAGCGGCGCCUCGUGUCGCCGCCAAUCCUCGCGCUACCCCGCUACGGACGGAAAUAUACGCUGGACACCGACGCGUGCGGACACCAAGUGGGUUGCGCCCUUCUACAGGAGCAACCCGAUGGAGGUACUCGACCGAUCGGAUAUUGGAGUCGUGCGUUGACCGACGCGGAGCGCAAUUAUACGACUACCGAAAAGGAAUGCUUGGCCGUAGUGUGGAGCAUCCUCACCCUACGGCCGUACCUAUACGGAAGCGCGUUCAACCUUCGCACAGAUCACGAGGCCCUACGCUGGGUCCUCAAUUUAGCGGACAGUUCCGGUCGGCUCGCUCGCUGGCGCCUGCGCUUGGCGGAGUACGACUACGAGGUACAGUACCGCCCAGGCGUCAAGCACCAACUCGCGGACGGCGUAUCGCGCUUACGUACCGAUGGAGGAGACACCGAACCGGUCGAUGAUGAGGUCCCGUGCUUCGCGGUCCAGUACGAAGAGGGCAGCGAGGCCCUCCUGGACAAUGAAUUUUUACGCGAACAAGCUGAGGACGCCUUCUGUCGCUUCGCCGCGGAAACCGUCGGGACGCCGAACUCGAAGUUCGACAUCGACCGCUACGGAUUUCUCGUGAGGACGUCCCCGCUGGACGGGACCCUGCAGCGCGUGGUACCGACUCGGUUGCGCCCCCGGGUACUGUACCUGGCACACCAUCCGAGGUUGGCAGGUCACUCGGGAGCGACGCGUAUGUACUACACCCUUCGCAGGGAGUACUACUGGCCACACAUGGCCAGCGACGCGUUAUCGACCGUACGGAAUUGCACGUCGUGUGCUGCGACCCGCGGGACGCUUGUCAAGAACCAAAAGGAUCUCAAGCUGUUCCCAGCGGCGGGCCCCUUGGAGUUUGUCGCGAUGGACCUCCUGGGGCCCCUGCCCAAGACCGCGCACGGAAACCAACACGUGUUGGUAAUUACCGACCGGUUCUCCAAGCUAACGCGCAGUAUCCCGCUCCGGACCACAACCGCUUCGGUCGUCGCAAACGCGUUUUUAGACAACUGGGUCUACGUUUACGGAGCGCCGCGCUACGUACUAACCGACAAUGGCCCCCAGUUCGCUGCGAAAUUCUUCGACGCGGUAUGCGCCCUCCUGGGGGUGCGGCAUUAUCUCACGACAGCCUACCACCCCCAGUCGAAUGGGCAGACCGAACGGUUCAAUCGCACGCUGGUGCAACGCCUCCGGCACUACGUGGAGGAGCACCAGCGCGAUUGGGACGACUACGUGCAACCGCUGACCUUCGCGUACAAUACGCAGGUCCACCGGUCGACGGAGACGACUCCGUUCGACCUGGUGUUAACGCGGCCACCGUCCGGUUUGAUUCUCCCCGGUACUGUGCCGCAGGACGCGGGGACCCAUCGAGAGGACCCGCGGACCCCGGUGCAGUACAAGCGAGCCACGCUGCGCAAGCUUCGCGACGCUCUCGACCGCGCUCGGACGAAAUUAUCCGCAUCGCAAAAGCGGUACAAGGACGAUUUUGACAAGAAGGUCCGCUUCCGUCCGGUCGUUGUGGCGGGCGAUUUUGUCUACGUUGAUCGCCCGCCCCGCCCGUUGACAAGCGUCGAGCGACGCACGCGUGCGCAAGGUACGACCGGAACGGACGAGCUCUCUGUCAAACUUCUACCAAAGACAGAGGGGCCGUUUCGCGUGCGCUCCGCUACGGACACCACGGUCCUCAUCGAGCAGGACGGUGUGGAGAACCGCGUGAGCAUCGACCGCGUCACAAAAAUGCCACGCGGGCCGGGGGACACUGUCGCCUCGGCCAUUCCAUCCGCAUCGGACGCGCAAACUACAACGCCCCGCGCGGAAUACGUCGUUGACCGCAUCGUCGGACACCGUAUGACCCGCGGCGGCAUCGAGUACAAGGUUCGCUGGUACGGGUACGCCGCUUCCGACGAUACCUACGAGCCCUCCGAGGGGCUCCCGCAACCUUUCAUCGACCGAUAUUGGCGUACGCGCCAAGAACGGACAAGCGCGCUCGCGUAG